UAUUAAAACUCGAUCCCAAAUUAAAUGAAUCUUAAUACUUGAAUUUUAGUAACGAAGGAUUUAAGAGAUGAAAAAUUGAAGAACAUCACUGUGAAAAUAUAAAGGGAUCUUAAAUUAUUAAUAAUUUUCUUCCGUAAAAGUUGCGCGUUUAUUUCGUUUGAAAAUUUAAUGUUGCAUUCAGAAAGUAAUCUGAACUUUUACCCCGAAGAAAACUCGACCUUUCCGUACCUUUCGUCGCUUUUACAUGAAAAAAUAAUUCGAAGAAACUGUGCUUGAAAUAAACGAGUUUCGAUAAAAAGAAAGACGGGUUAAAUCGGCGGGUCACGAAUCGACGGAAAGUUUUAAUGCUUUGUUUUUCUUUAAUAUCGCGAUUACGAGAGUAAAAAAUAUCAAACUUCUGAAAAUUAUUCUCUAUUACAUCGCAGAACGCUAGAGCGAUAUAAUAUUCGUUUAAUGAAAUGUAAGAAGGGAAAUGAUAUCGAUCCAGGUAGAUCGAAUCGCGGUAAAAUAAUGAAGACCUUUCGUAAUGAAAGUACUAUUAUCAUAAUUGCCUCGCAGACUACGAAGCCAGCGAUGAAACACGUAAAGCAACAAUACAAGCGAAGUCAUUGUGUCCAGGAUUGUGAUUUCGUGACUGCCUGCCUCGGUCGGGGAACCGGGUAAAAAAUAAAUGUGGAAAGCAAAAAACCGGUCGUGUUUCCGUGGAACCAAGUCGAUGAAUAUUUUUCUGUCUUUCUGUUCCUUGAUUAAGUUCGCGUUCUUUUGAAGAACGGAGACUAGGAAAUCACUGAAGUGCGGAGUCACGCCAGACUCGUUGGAAAUAAAUUGAAAGCAAAAUAAAAAAGGGAGAUUCCUGUGUUCGGAUUCCAAGAUUACAGAAAAUAUUCUAACCAGAAUAUUUGGUAUAUCGGUGCAAACUAGGUAAAAGGGAACUUCAAGCAUUCAAGUUAACAAAGCUUAUUUUUAUAACUUAUCAAACAUUCAAUGAAACUUACUAAAAAUUAAAAAUGUAGAAAAUUGCUGGAUACUAAUAUUGAUUUCCAAGUCAUCAAGUAGUUCACGGUUUAAUUAAAAUGUGUUACUGAUCAACGAUUACAGUAUACAGUAAGUGAUCCAAGUGGAACAAGAUGUAACUUACGGGAUCACCUGAUAUAUCUCGAGCAGGCCUGUAUCGAUUCGUGAGGGGCGGACAAUGAACGACAGCCUGACGAUGUGUAUCCAUUAAUAUUUUCCUGUUCUCGAUAGCUGACAGAAAUUUGGCCGUGUCUGGCAACAGACAGAUGAAUGCCAGUACACCGAUGGCAAAAGGAAAAAAGAAGAAGCGGAAGAACCCACGGAUCUUCCAGGCUCGUUACAAGCAUGGAGCUCAUCUUUUUUCCCUCGUUUCACCAUACGCUAUCCCACAUUUGUCCCGUACAGCGGUGGCAAAGCACAGGUUUCGUGCAGCUACCGGUUAUAUCCGAGGGCAUAAACGGCUGCUGUCCAGACAGAACAAAGAGGGUGUUAUCGUGGAUGUCUGUGAGAACGACACCAACUGCGAAGCAGAACGGUACACAGAGGUAUCGCAGAGACGAGGUACAAAGUAGAUAGCCACGUAAGCGUCGCCAUGGAUCGUUAAAUUGAAAUCUGUUAGAGCAACCUCGUGCAACGCUUGGGGUUCAACGAACGAGUUUUAUUUCCUUCGAGGUUUCUCUGCUCGAGCUUUACACGCGAAAAGUAUGCCAUUUUGUUACCCUGCAGCCAUCCACCUUUUCAACCCUCUUUCUUUAAAAACUUACUGGGAUUCUGCGUUGGACAAGUUUCUUUAAUGAAAAGAUCUGGAAACGCGUGAUUGGUAGAGCCUUCUACCAUGACUGGUUCUAACAUGAUUGUUAAUAUACUUUAUACAGAAUAGCUGAUGGAUAAUUGUAAUGGGCGAUUUCGGUACAUGAAACUUAAGGUUUAUGAAUUUAGAGGUUCUACGAAAAUGACAGUAGAUUAAUACAGUUUAUACGAAAUAACUGAUUGACAAUUAUGGUGAGCGAUUUUGGAACAUGUUUGAUGUGAUUUCGUGAUAUGAAAGCAUCGCAUGUAUGCUUAAAUAAUUCAAAAUUGUGUAAAGGUUUGAUAUUCUGAUUACAGAAAGCCAUUUGUAACAAAUGUAACUUUGGUGCAAUUUUUA